GGGCGCGGAUGCCGCGUGGCGGGCGCGGCGCUGCGGGAGCUAGUGCCCGCCGUGAAGGCUGUGGAUAAAAAUUUCUGGACAUCAUGAGCGUGGGCUUCAUCGGAGCUGGACAGCUGGCCUUUGCCCUAGCCAAGGGCUUCACAGCAGCAGGUGUCCUGGCCGCCCACAAGAUAAUGGCCAGCUCUCCAGACAUGGACUUGGCCACAGUUUCUGCCCUCAGGAAGAUGGGGGUGAACUUGACACCCCACAACAAGGAGACAGUACAGCACAGUGAUGUGCUCUUCCUGGCAGUAAAGCCACACAUCAUCCCCUUCAUCCUGGAUGAGAUUGGUGCCAACAUUGAGGACAGGCACAUCGUGGUGUCCUGUGCGGCUGGUGUCACCAUUAGCUCUAUCGAGAAGAAACUGUUGGCGUUUCAGCCAGCCCCCAAAGUCAUUCGCUGCAUGACCAACACCCCAGUUGUGGUGCGUGAGGGGGCUACCGUGUAUGCCACGGGCACACAUGCCCAGGUAGAGGAUGGCAAGCUCGUGGAACAGCUGCUGGGCAGCGUGGGCUUCUGCACGGAGGUGGAAGAAGACCUGAUUGAUGCUGUCACGGGACUCAGUGGCAGCGGCCCCGCCUAUGCGUUCACAGCCCUGGAUGCCCUGGCUGAUGGAGGCGUGAAGAUGGGGCUUCCAAGGCGCCUGGCGGUUCGUCUUGGGGCUCAGGCUCUCCUGGGGGCUGCCAAGAUGCUACUGGACUCAGAACAGCACCCAGGCCAGCUCAAGGACAACGUCUGCUCUCCUGGUGGGGCCACCAUCCAUGCUUUGCAUGUGCUGGAGAGUGGGGGCUUCCGCUCCCUUCUCAUCAAUGCUGUGGAGGCCUCCUGCAUCCGUACACGGGAGCUGCAGUCCAUGGCUGACCAGGAGAAGGUGUCACCUGCUGCCAUCAAGAAGACUGUCCUGGACAAGGAACACCUCUCCUUCCUGAGUGACAAGGACCAAAGGGUUCCAAGCAUCCUGAACCUGGUUAUGAGUGGCCACGGCUCCACUUGACCAGCUCUCGAGCACCCAUGAUUCCACUGAACAUUUGAGAAAAGGGCUUCUCAGAAAACUGAUGAAUUUCCUACGGCCACCAGCACACUCGGGCUACUGCCUCCUAUUUCUAACCGGCCUGGCAGGAUGGUGUCACUUCUUUCCUGGCCCUUCAGGUUAUAUAAAUUGGUUUCCAGCCCCCAG